AUAAAAUCAACAUGACCGGACGCGGUAAAGGAGGAGCCAAACGUCAUCGUAAGGUACUCCGUGACAACAUCCAGGGAAUCACCAAGCCUGCCAUUCGUCGGUUAGCUCGUCGUGGUGGAGUAAAACGUAUCUCCGGUUUGAUCUACGAAGAUACCCGCGGUGUGUUGAAAGUAUUUCUGGAAAAUGUGAUUCGUGAUGCAGUCACUUAUACCGAACACGCUAAACGAAAAACCGUUACCGCCAUGGACGUUGUUUACGCUUUGAAAAGACAAGGCCGUACACUUUACGGAUUUGGUGGAUAAAACUAGUAUAUUAAUUAUGAAACAUUAAAUUCUUACCUAAAAGGCCCUUUUCAGGGCCACUAAAUUUUCUAUUUUAAUGAAAUAAGUAAUAACAAUUAAACUUCAUUUUAAAUAAAUACUGCUAU